UAAGUGGGCUAAUGCACCAGUGACACACUUGGCUGCCUUCACCACCCGUAUCUGAUCUUUUUUUGUUUCUUCUGUGCAGCUGGUGAGCCACAUUGUGCAGCAGUAGGUCAGAAUACUCUCUACUGUUGACCAGUAGAAGUUGGGCACAUUGGUAAAUAGUUUUUACACUGUUUUUUUUACACAGGUCAAUGAGAACCCUGUAAUGUAAAGUUUUUGGAUAAAAUAUGAAGGCUUCCUUCCAGUGUUAAAACUUCUACAUUUGCAAACAAAAAAGCUGGGAUGCUGUGUAAAAUGUUGAUUAAAACAGAAUGCAACUGUUUCCAUAUUCUAUUCACAAUACACAGAAAACUGAGGAAAUGUAACAUUUUAAGGAAAAGUAAGGGAGGUAGUUUUGAAUUUGAAAAAAUAAAAAUGGUCUCAAAAAAGAGUUUUUUUUUAUGACUGUGUAUUGUGUAACUGAAAUAUGCAUGGUAUUUCUUAAAAAAGAAGCCAUCUGGAUGGGAGCAUAUUUUGCUCUAAAGCCUAUGUAGCUUUUAGCAUUGAUGGUGCGUUUCCACAUGUGCAAGCUACUAGCUCCAUAGGCACUAAUGCACCCUCAUACCACGAGAGAUGUAGGCUUUUGACCUGAGUCUUGAUAACAAAAUUUGUUAGUGAACUGUGUUGAGAAACAGCAGUUUCUAAAACUAUUGCUGAACCCGUGAGGUGAUUCAUUCAUGUUAGAAAAUCUUUAGAUGUUUUCUUUUACCUGCAGCCCUGGAAAGACCAAAUCGUCUUGGGAGAAAGUAAAAAGUAUAAAAAAAAAUACUUCAACCCAUUAAGAAGGCUUACUUAUCUUAGCCUAAUCUUAUAGGCUAUAUGGUCAACAAGUACAGGCUUAGUGCCCUCUGCUAUGUUGCUGCACAAAGGUCUAAAGAACAAUAAAAUGUUCUGCAGUGAGGUCACAAAAGUGAAAAAUUAAAUUUUCUUGGCCUGAGUCUCGCAUCGACAUGAGAAAAACUGGGAGCCUCUUACUAUUUGUCCACUUGUUGCAGGAUCUUGCAUGACCCUCUCAACCUUCUUAUCUAUGACACCUUAUGGGGAAUCCUGUUGAAGGCGAUUUGUACCAGGGGUCAGUGCCUCAGGAGGUCAGCCCUAAGUUUGUGUAUGUAAUGUGAGCGGGGACCGCACUGGGUCAUUAAUGCAAAACUCCUCAGCGCUGUUCGGGAUGGUGAGCCACUGCCAGACCCCUGCUUUCACCGACUUCACUGGCUUGACGCUCUCCGUGUACGGCAGCAAGGGAGACAUCUGUGCGCGGCGAGCAGGGAACGGCUUUGGAUCGCAGAUUUGCCGGAGCCCUCAUGACACCCCGACUCACAUGAACUGCGCCAGCCCGAAGCGACUCUCCGCGUCCGAGGAAAAAGCGCAUCUGUCAGGCAAAACUGCGCGCUUGUGCUUCUCUCUCCCACCGGUGCAAGUGAAUGGGACCUACUGCUCAGAGAAGGAUGCAAAUGCUGAGCUGGGCAAUGCCGAGGGCCCCCUGAUGCGAUGUGGGCAGAGCCUGCUGCUUCCAGCAGGGGGUCAUUCGGAGGGGCUUUACUCCCAGAGCCUCCAGUGCAGCAGACCUACACCUGACCUCCUUCUGCAGGAUGGGCCUCAUCAAGACGCCAGAUCCUCCUCUGCCUUCGGGAGGACCCUGCCAGGGGCCUCACCCAGCCUGGGCUGCGGUGCCAGCGGCGUUCGCUCCUCUCUCCCUUACCCAGUCAAACAGGAGAGCUCGAUGGGCUACAAGAUCUCCAACGUGGAGUCUUCAUCUCAGGCUGGAUUUCAGGCCCACGCUGCAGGCCAAGUUUUGGAGGUGGCCAGGGAUGAGAUGGUUGGGUCACUGCAUAUUAGCAACAGCGGUAAUGGCGUAUGUGCAGUGAGCGGUGUAGGUAGCGCUGUGCCAGGAGACGCAGGACAACCGUUUAAUAAUGAAGAUGGCUCCUCCCCGCUGGCUUUGUCUCCAAUUGGCUCUCGUCAUUCAGCGCGGCUGCUCAGCGCUGGCAGUCUGAAGAGACGCUGCCUGUCCCUGGCCUCGCAAUCCACCGCCGCUGCUGCCACCGGUUCCCCAUCAGCUGUUGGCACCGCUUCUGAGGAGAUCAAUAUCACCGCAAUCAUCUGCUCCUCCUCCCAGAUGUCGAUGGUCGCCUGCGUCAACGGGUUCCGUGCUAACCUCUCGCCAAGCAACACCAGCAGCGCCGGCUUCUCUUCCUCCUCCUCCUCCUCUACUGCUUCCCCACCCUCUAACUCCUGCUCACGGGAAGCCCCCCAGAGGCCCCCACCACACAGCAGCCCCCAGCAGGCUGCACUGCAGGAGAGCUGUCAGCUGUCCUCACCUGCCACCUGCCUGUUGUCUCUUUCCUCUUCCUCAUCCUCUUCUUCAGUGUCAUUAGGGGAGCCGGAGCAAGGCCAAGGGCAGAGCCUGGGGCUGUGCGAGGAGCAGGGCUCCAUGCUGCAGGGGCGUGGGGCUGGAGGAACAGCUGAGGGAGGAGGAGGAGGAGGCUCAGACGGGUUGGGGCUACUGAUGAGUGGGGCCCUGAUGUCUGGGGCUCUGCAUUCGGGGCCUCAGGGUGGGGGUCUCCCAGAUGGGGGCCAAAGAUCUGGGGCUGUCCUCAAGCAGGAACCGCUCGAUGACUUCUCUCCCAGCGAAGACAAACUCUUUCAGCACCACUAUCAUCAUCACCAUCACUUAAGUGGGCGCAGUGGGAAUCUUCGUCACGCUCACCACCCACCUCGAUCGGCCAUGCCUCCGCCUUACCACUUGCACCAAUAUGUGGGGCCCACUCCCAACGCCCCACUACACCAUCACAACCAGCAGACAACUCCAGGCUCUUCCCUCGGACUCAAACCAACCUCAGGAGGCCCUGCGGUGGCCCACGCAGCCCCCGUGCCGGAAGAAGUCGGAGGAGGAGGGCUGGUGGAUAAACAGGUGUGUCGCUGGAUUGACUGCAGUGCUGCUUUUGAGCAGCAGGAGGAGCUUGUGAGACAUAUUGAAAAGGUCCACAUCGACCAACGCAAAGGUGAGGACUUCACCUGUUUCUGGGCUGGCUGUAUUCGGCGCUACAAGCCCUUCAAUGCACGCUACAAGCUGCUCAUUCACAUGAGGGUCCAUUCUGGAGAGAAACCCAACAAGUGUAUGUUCGAGGGCUGUAACAAAGCGUUUUCUCGUCUGGAGAAUCUGAAGAUCCACCUGAGGAGCCACACAGGAGAGAAGCCGUACCUGUGCCAGCACCCUGGCUGCCAGAAAGCUUUCAGCAACUCCAGCGAUCGGGCCAAGCAUCAGCGCACUCACCUGGACACGAAACCGUAUGCAUGUCAGAUCUCCGGUUGUACCAAGCGCUACACGGAUCCCAGCUCCCUACGCAAACACGUCAAGAUCCACUCAGCCAAAGAGCAACAGGUGCGUAGGAAGCUUCGGCCCUGCCCUCACCUGGAGCAGGAUGUCCUGAGCGACUGUCUGUCCAUGCAGCACCUCCAGAGCUCCACCUCUACGCAGCACCUCUACAAUGGCAAAGAUGGCCAUUCUCCUGCAUUGGGCCAAGACAUGUUCACAGGCCUGUACACUGGCUCCAGUACCCCCCAUCACAGCGCCCCAGUGGAGCUGCUCACCCCCACCCCCAACUCUGGCUCCACCGCUGACCUGCCGACCCGACAGCACCGACUGGAUCGAGACCUCGGCAGCCCUCACCACCUGUCCCCGCUGGCUGCCAUGGACGGCACGAGAGACGGGGUGUCUGGUUCCCUCCUGUCUCCUGGGAUGAAGACAGCGGGGACAUCGCCUCCUCCACUGGAGAAACAGCAUGUCCACCCUCACCACAAGCUUUACCCUCACUAUCACCAGCAUCAGCCUGCCAGCGACGAAUACCAAGGCAGCUUCCAGAGCUGCUUCCAUUUCGGAGACUCCUACAGGAUGGAGCAGACAGUCGGUGGCGUCCACGUCCCGGGAGAUUCUCACACCUACACUUCACAUCAGCCCAAUGGCUUCCACAUGUCGACGAGCAACACCGGCUCUGCGGGCUUCAGCUUGACCCAGGAGCUGCAGGGAGGCGGCGGUUGCCAGUUCUUAUCCAGCCCAGAGGAUAGCAUUUUCUUCCAGGUGGGCAGCUUUGACCGUAGCUUGAGCCACAUGUCCUCCAUCUACACAGAGACAUAAAGGAACACCGGAGCAAGACAGGCUUCACCACACUACUCCGCGGUCCUUCCUCAUGCAUCCUCACACGCUUAGAUCUUUUUUUCUUCAGUUCUGGUUUCAUUUUUCCAAAAACAGAACAAAGAUCACAUUGUAAGUGGGUUAUUCUGACUUAAGUGCAAGAUAGAAACCAAUAAAGUGGAAAAAAUAAGGCUAAAUAUAAUGUAAAUGCAACUGUGACACUGAAUGGAAAUGGCUUCAGUGGCAAAAACAAUGGUAGUGUUUCCCAACCUUUUUUUUUCCCUCAUGACUCCUUAAAACAUUAAACUGUCUUCUUAUGAUUGCGCCUACUCAGCUGCAUCUGCUUUGAUCAGUUCAAGCAAACAAAUACUGACUUCUUUUGUACAACAUGAAUAACUUCAAAGGCCAAUGUACAAGUAAUAACACUAAAAUAAGCACGAGACUACAAAAAGGUUUGAAAAAAGGACACCAGUGUUUGAAUAGUCUGAUAAUGGGGCACCCCAUCAUGAACAGUCAGAUAUUUCUAUUUCUAUUAUGGAAACUUCCUGCAGUCUUUAAAUCCGUUCUAAUUCAUGCUAAUGCUAAUUGGCAUUCAGACUGAAAAACUAAAAUCCUGUUGGGUUAAAGGUCCAAGUUACCAGGCUGCAAACUGCUGGACACGAUCGGCAAAUAAAUGAUGUUGUUGAUGGUGCAGGUUUUAGUCUGUAAUGCGCCUCGAGGCUACAGCUGUUGGCGCUAUAUAAAUAAAACUGAAUUGAAUUAAAUGUUAUUAAAUGACAUUGACAUUAAAACCUGCACACAGACAGUACAAUCAGCUCGAGCUUCUACAUACAACAUCUCAUUUUAACACCACAAACCUCUCCUCUCCUCCUCUUUGUUUUUUCUCGGUAAUCUACACGUCUGCUCCACACUGACGUGUAGAGGAGAAUAUAACGUUUUGCAGUGACGUUUUAUCAGUGGGGAAAAAAAGUUUGCAUUUCUCUUGUUAAGUAGUUUUGGGUUUUUUUGGCUUUUGGAUUUAUCUCGGGAGGAGGGUUUGGGCAGAGAAACCAUCCUACUUUAUUAUAAUUAUUAUUAUAUGUAUAAAAUGUACAGUUUGUUUACAGCAAUCAUUUGAAUGUUUGUCAUUCCUCAGUUUAAGAAAUAAAUAACUGA